CCCGGAAGCGCUACACAUUUAUACCGACGUGGAAUCACAAGUUGUAUUUUGUCAUCUCUCCAGAUUAGACAUUAGGCCUAUAUAAUAUUGGUACCUGGUAUUGACGACGUGUAUCUGUAGAGGGAUGGCUUCUUCGUCAACCAAUCCCUUUUCUCUCCUCGUCUCAACAAACGAAGAAAAACAAGGCUCUGUUCAGGAUAUUAGUCAUCCUGAUAAAUCAGGAAUGAUGGAGGUGGAUGUGACGGCCAGAGAGAUCAGUUUAAUAGAUGCAGUCAUUCAACAAGUCUUCCUUAUAACAGUAGAUCAGGAGGGAACAACUUUAGAUGAAGGGAUGCCUCCUAAGUGUGUGUUCUUGGUUGAUAUGGCAGACCAGCUUGAGAAAGAGCAUAGUGAACCAUGGUCGUGGCUCUCAUGGGAGAGCAUUGAUAUGGCCCUCUUUGAGAGAUUACUCCUCCAAGAUCCAUCAUUCCAUGUCCUUCACAUGACGUCAUCCAUUGCAAACUUUGAUGAGGAGGAGAAGAAAGCUGGGGAGAAAGAUAUCCUUCGUUACCUUCUCUCGUCCUACACCAGAGCAGCUGCCUUAGUCAAAAACAGCCAGAAUGAAAAGGCUGACUACGCCAUGAAAUGUCAGCGCAUUGCUGUAUCCAAUGCAGCUACAUGUCUUCUCACUCCAGAAGUGUACAACAACCAGAACACAAGGCAGCAAUUAUUUGAUAUCCUCCUCCAGUCUUACACAAAGGAAGAUGAUUGGGAUAUAGCAGUCAAGUUCUUCCAUGAGGUAGCAGAAGCAAUCCACUUGGAUGACUCCCUACCAAUCACAGAAGCCUUUACUCCAGUGUUGGACCUCCUCUACAAGAAGAUGAUAGCCAGUCCCGCAUUAGUUGAUCCUCACAACUAUGCUUACUGUGAGAUCAUGGGAUUCUAUGCAAGACAACCCCAACUUGCUAAAGUCCUAAUGGAUUUCAUAACACCAUCUGAUCCGUUGAAUGCUAAGAGCUACGAGAAGACCCCCAUAGGUCUGAUCCUAUCGCUCUCCUGUAUACCUAGAGACAAUCAAGAACCACAGUUCUUUGAGAGGCCAUCUAGGACAUCCGGUAGAGAACACCAAGCCACACAAGAAUAUAUAUGGCAGCCCGUUGGUAAACUGACAGAACAUAUUUAUAGGAUAUUCCGAUCUCUCUUCAAGACAUCAUUAGAAAUCAGGAAUAGUUUACUUGCUUGGAUAGGCAGGUGUAUACAUGCUAAUGCAGGACGAACAAAGAUGUGGUCGAGGCGACUUCCGACCUUCGCCCUUACGUAUGCCAGUGAUUCCUUCUUCCUCAAUCUGUCCUCCGUCCUGUUGAGAUUCUGUGGCCCCUUCACCAAACCAGACACGACCAAUAUCACAACAGUUGAUAUGAGCUAUGCUAGUGUGGACCUGCCUGUUGGGGCAUCGGAAAGCCAGAUGAGUGAGCUUGGUGUUCAUCUUGUAGGUCUUCCGAAAGAGACCAGGAUGCUCCACCGGGAAGGAGAGGAGAACAACCGCGUACCCACCCAUCCUCCCUACAACUUUGCCACCGGCAUCUUCUUCCUGACCCAGCGAUGUCUUCAGCUCGGUUUCCAAACCCUGGUGGAACUCUUCUACAAUGUCAACCGUGAGCUUCAUCAUGUCCAGCAAGCCUUCCAGGAGAUGGUCCAGCAGAUGGGUGGUCCCAGGGCUGGUCCAGUCAUGUCACAGCUCCAUGAGAAGAUGGAUAAAGCCAUGACAUUAUUCCUCAGCAUCAAGACAUCACUCCUAGAGCCUCAAUUUCUUGAGAUGGCAUUCAACCUCCACAUAGCAACGGCUCGCAUCGUCACCCAGUAUGCUACGUCAGAUGAUGUGACAGUUCUGACCACGCCCACCCUGCCUCUCCAGGGGGAACCCCCUUCGCAUCUUGUUACCGUCCCAGAGUGCCUGGCUGAGAACCUUGUCACGUACCUGCAGUUCCUGAGGAGGUUUGCUGAGGCAAAGUUUGAAGAUGGAGGUGACGCAUUGAAGCAUGUGAUGACAUUUGUGAUCAUCUUCAUGGGCAACAAGAGUCACAUUACCAACCCUCAUCUGAGAGCUAAGCUUGCUGAGAUCUUAGAAGGUUUGAUGCCCGAAGAGAAGUCUGGAAGCAGAGGCAUCGUAGUUCCUAUUUUCCACCGUCAGAAAGCCUUCAACGAGCACCCGCUUGGAGAGCACAUAUCCCGUUCACUGAUCAGUAUCUUUGUGGAUAUUGAGUUCACCGGUGAUCCUCACCAGUUUGAGCAGAAGUUUAACUACCGUCGGCCGAUGUACAAAGUUCUGAAGUAUCUAUGGGGGAUGCCGCAGCAUAGGAAUCAAAUAAAGUUGGUUGCUGAUGAAGCAAUGUUCCAUAUGGAAGAUGCCAAUGCUCCCCUCUUCCUGAAGUUCAUCAACCAUCUCAUCAACGAUUCCAUCUUCCUCCUGGAUGAAGCCUUAGAUUAUGUGAAGAAAAUCAAGGUUCUUCAAGAGCAGCGAGAAGGAGGGGAAUGGAUGCAGCUACCACCGACAGAAAGGAGACAACAAGAAGACUCCUUGAGACAAACAUGUGCCAUCGCUAGGUUCUAUAACAUCAUGUCAAAUGAGACAAUGAGUACUCUUGUCUAUAUCACAAGUGAGAUCACAGACAUCUUUAUCCAUCCAGUCAUGGUCAAUAGAGUGGCAAUGAUGUUUAACAACUUCCUACACAAACUGGUUGGUCCCAAUAAGAUAGCCCUGAAGGUGCAUGACUUUGAGGAGAUCGAGUUCAACCCUAAACAGCUGGUCAGGGACAUCUGCCGUCUGUACAUCAACCUGGGUAAAGAGGUGAGGUUCUGCAGGGCUACGGCCGAGGACGAGGUCAACUAUACACCCAUGCUAUUCAUCAGGGCAGAGAAGGUCCUGGAUAAGAUCUGUAUGGAUAGGGAAAUGAUCGAUGAGAUGAAGCAGUUUGCUGAGCAAGUCAAGGCUCUUAGUGAGACAAAUGAGAUGGAACAGGAGAUGUAUGCUGAUGCUCCAGAUGAGUUCACUGACCCCUUGACUUUUACCCUCAUGGAAGACCCUGUGACCUUACCAACCUCUGGCAUUAACAUAGAUAGAUCCACCAUAGCAAGACAUUUACUCAGUGAUCAGAUCGACCCAUUCAACAGGAAACCAUUGACUAUGGAAGAGGUACAGUCAAAUCCACAACUCAAAGCUGAGAUAGAGGCAUGGAAACAGGAACAAAAAGAUAAGAGAAAAUAACAUUAACAAAGUCAUGAACUCUUCUUCUCUAUGUUUUACAUUCAAAUGUUAUUUUGCUAUGUCUUUGUAAUGCUGACCAUCAGUUCAUAUGUUUCACGAUGAAUUUGCUACGAACAUCCAUUAUCAUGAGUGGAUUGUAGGUCAGCCACUUGUUCCUAUGACAUACAAAAUGGCACUAGGUACAAGUGAAAAUUGAAAAAUGUUGACAUUUCUAGCAUCCAUCAAUGUUUGCCUAGACAAUGGUUUAAGUGAAAGCCACACGCCAAAUAAGUGCUUAUGAGUGUAUAAUGAAUUUCAAUUAAUUUUUCUGAAUAUUAUUUAAUCUUGUGAAUAGUAUAGGAGGAGAUGAAAACCUUGCAUUCCAUAUUACUGAAAAAAAAUGCUGAAACUCAUCAGCAAACUGAUUAAUAAUUGCUCACCUUCUUUCUGCUUUUUAUUUCAUGUCAAUCAUAUUAUGACUACCUACAUGUUGCUUUUUUUAGCAAACUCUAACACUAUCAAAAAGUUUCCAACAGUAUUUUGAUUUUCCUUUUUGCUUUUGAAAAAAUUACCUCAAAAUAUCAUUUUGAAUUCUUAUGUAAAAGUUAUAUCUUGAAAGGUUAACAACCUUUGGAUCGAUAGCAUGUUGGAUUAUUCACAAUCCAUUCAGCAGGUAUCAAAUAUUGAUUGGAAUAUUUUCAUUUUGUAUUUAAUGUUUUCUGCGAUUAAAUAAUUUGAUGGAUAAUCAUGUACUCAUGCUGCUUUAUUUGAUGAAUAUUUAUGCUGCUUUUGAUUUCUGUGAAUGUGCAUUGCUGUUUUUUUAUUCUGUAUAAUUGGCUCUUAUAGAGUACAGAAGUGUGACAUCAAUUUUUACUUUUUGCAUUUCAGCAUUUUUGACACCAUAUUCUGUAAGAGUGUGAUAAAAAAAACCCCCCACAACCCAAAUUUGUUGAGAAUCGGUCCAUGGGGGCCUGAUAUAUAACCUCAUGAAUACAUAAUUAGCCCCAUUGAAGUCAAUUUAUCAUUGGCCUGGUUCUAAAAGUUAGGAACAAGGCCAAUAAUACAUUGACUUUCACAGGGCUAAUUAUGUAUUCAUGAGGUCAUUUCAGGCCGCCAAUGACCGUUUCUCAACAAAUUUUGGUAGUGGAGGUACAGUAUUCAUCAUGCUCUUCCAAAAUUUGUUGUAAAAACACUGAAAUGCAAACAAAGUUAUUUUUGACAUCAUCACUUCGGUACUCUAUAUUCUUAUAAACUUGGACCCAAUGCAUAUUAGACAUCCAAUUAUUUAGUCAAAAACCUAUUUCAGGGCCCUUUAACAUAAACAAUUGAUCAUGGGUUUAUUUCUACGAUUGAUUGCGUUGAUUAUUGUGUAUGAUCAAUCGUAAAAAUCAGCCUUACAAUCUAUCACCAAGCUUUAUGUGAUUUGCCCCAAAGCAAAGGGACUUGGAAAUCCAUCUUUUUUUCUUCAUCUUCUUCAUUUUUUAUUGUAAGUGGUCAAGGAAUAUGCAUAAAGUUGUGUAUGCAUCAGGGUAAACUUAUUAUUCACUCCAGUCCUUUUCAAAUUUUGAAUUGUUAACCCCUUGAUGUAGGUAUAAGGAAUGCAUGGUAAGUGUUCAUUACAGGUAUUGUAUGGGACUCCCAGGUCUAGAUAUGUACCUUCAUUAUAACAUCUUCAAGAGUUUAGAUCACUCUUUUUCAUUACGGUAUGUAUUUUCCCGUUAUACUUUGGCUUAGCUCCAUUGGUUUAGAAGUUGAAACUUAAGGAAUUUGUUAUAUUUGGCAGUACUAUAUCUUUGCAGAUAUUCCGAGACAUUUAUUUUGGUUAUUGACUUUAUUAUUGAGUAUUUAUACUUGUAAAGUAAGAUUUGAUUGUAUGAAAAGGGUAUCUCAUAUAGGUUGAGUGGAAUUUUAGGCAGGCUUGCCUAAGUUUCCCUUUGUGAUAAGUAUUUUGAUGUAUGUCAAUAUAUCGAUCGGUGAUCUGAUUGGCUUAUAUCAUUUGAUCUAAUACCAAUUCAGUAUAAUUCUUGUUUCAUCUACUUUAUGUUAUUUGUCUUCGAAAUUCAUUUCAGGGGCAGAUC